AUGUCAGUACAAAGGUCAUCCAAUAACCGGAAACAGCGUAGAUUUGUGAAUCCAUUUGGACCCUCAUCCUCACGAAACCUAAAGGGCAAGAAACGUCAAGCACACGACGCGGUCAACGUUGGUCUUCAUGUAGUGGACACGACCUCUGAAGGAAUGGAUGUACUUGGUCCUCUCAUGACAGCUUGUCGAACAACAAAGUCGAUACUUGAAGUUGCCCAGGCGACAGAAAAUAACCAACAAGAAUGGAAAGUGCUCACUUGCUCUCUCAAAGAACACAUUACCGCGCUCCAAGAACAAAUUGCCUUGUUCCAGGCCUGUCCUCCACAAGAUAGGGUCGUCGACCAGACAUUGAGCCGCCCUCUCGUCACCUAUGUCGAAUUCCUCGAAAAUAUGCAUAGCAAGAUUGUUGAACUCCAGAAUAAGCGCAGUCUUAGCAAGCUCAGCUUCUUUAAAGCGUUUACCAAAGUAGAAAUUAAUGUAUUAGAAUUGUCCAAACACAUCCAAGAUAUCGUGGACCAGCAUAGGCAGUUCAUGGAGACGUUGAGUUCUUUUACUGCGUUACGUACGCAAAUCACGGAGACAGAUACCGAAGUCACUAAGGCUAACGCGGAAACAAUCCUGACAGGGGCUGAUCUCACUGCAAUAUUUCAGCUACCAAUGGUGACAUUUGUCGCGUCGUCAGUCCACAGAACAUGUCUAAAGGGAACACGUGUGGCUGUUCUUGAGAUGAUCGAUCGGUGGGCCCACGAUACAUCGGAGAAGCCAAUCUUUUGGCUUUGUGACAUAGCCGGCUCCGGAAAAUCUACAGUUGCAAUGACGGCAGCAGAAUCGUGGAGGCGGCAGGGUGUAUUAGGCGGUCAAUUCUUCUUUUCUAUAGCAAGCAGUGAAGGAUCGACCACCGAAAAGUUCUGCUCCACCAUAGCACGAGAGCUUAUUGACUACAUUCCUGACCUAGCCCCAUACGUUGCCGCAUCCGUGAAGCGGUACCCUUCUUUCAUGCGGAGCUCUCUUGAAGAGCAGUUCCGGGUGCUCAUCACUCAACCACUUUGUCAUUGGCGAGGGUGCAUCAUCCUUGUCAUCGACGCACUUGAUGAAUGCAAAUCUGGAUCGCAGCGUCGAGAGAUUGUCGAAACCCUUGCCGCAGCCGUUGGAGAAAGCAAUAACCUCAAAAUAUUCAUGACGAGUCGCCCUGACCCUGUGAUCCGGGCAGCCUUGGAGUCGCAUUUGUGCAAAUUCAAGCUAGAAGACCGUUUACACGAUAUCAAUCAUCGCGAUAAUAUCAAUGACAUUGCAGCUUACAUACACAAAUCGCUAGAUGGCGUACUGCCAGAGAGCAAGAGGCAGGGCCUGGUCGAAAAGGCUAACGGAUUGUUCAUCUGGGCAAGCACCGCGUGUCGAAUGCUCAAUAGCGAGACUAAUUUGAACUCUCCCGAGACCACAUACGAUCGCCUGAUCUCCAUAGACGAGACGGGGGCCAUAGAUGAUCUAUACAGUCUCAUUUUUGAGCGCAUGAACCCUGAAUACUACACAGUCAUGUACAGGAUGCUCGCCCUGCUACUUGGCGCAUAUGAGCCACUGACCACGGGGGACCUUGAUGAUAUCCUCAAACAUGCUGGAGAAAACGGAAGUGCCAAGGCGUUGGUACGGAAUCUCGGUAGCGUGCUUGCCGAAGACGCAUCUACAAAUCUGAUCCAAUUCCGCCACCCGACCUUCAUCGAGUAUCUUCGACGCCGCUCUAAUGUCUCAGUCGCCGAUGGCCGUGAUAAACUACAUAUCAACAUCUCCAAUGCGCAUGGUCAAGUCGCAUCGUGGUGUCUCAAAUAUCUCACAUCGCGAAUCAAUGGACUCAAGUUCAAUAUAUGUCAACUCGCGUCAUCCUUCUACUUGAAUAGGGAGAUCCCAGAUCUUGAGGCCAGAGUGUCAAGAUGCAUUCCGAGAAGACUUCAAUAUGCCAGCUCUCAUUGGCUAUUUCAUAUGGCAGAAACUGACGACAACUGGCGAUCCGUUGUCAAGCAGAAAGUCCAGCACGUUAUCCAGGUCCCAUACGUGCUAUACUGGAUGGAGAUUCUGAGCUUCACCGGAGGCGUGGCACGAGCGAUACUCGGCCUUCAAGCCAUUAUACGCCAUCAACGGCUCGAAGAGGCGAAUAGAAUCAUUAUGGAAGAGAUCCGACGGUUCAUGAUGGCAUUUUCAGUACCUAUUCAGGACAGCGCUCCACACAUCUACAUCUCGGCACUCCCUUUUACUCCUACAAGAUCAAGAAUGCAUAAAGAAGGUCUUGGAUAUUUUACAAACACCCUAAAUGUGACUCAAGGCCUCGACGAGGUGUACCAAGGGCUGCCCAGGGUACUUGUUGGCCACGAUGAUAGCGUCAACGCCAUUUUGUUCUUCCCGAAUGGCUCUUAUAUCGUUUCUUGCUCGGACGACGAGACGAUUCGUAUAUGGGAUGCAGACACUGGUCAGCCGCGGGGAGAGCCACUCCAGGGCCAUGAAUCUGGCGUAAGGACCCUCACGUUCUCACCAGAUGGCUCAUUGAUUGUCUCCGGAUCGGAUGAUAACACGAUUCGGUUGUGGGACGCAGUCACAGGUCGGCCCGAGGGAGAGCCAUUCCAAGGCCACAACGAUGCCGUCAAUGCCAUCGUAUUCUUCCCAGACGGCAGGCGGAUUGCCUCUGGUUCCAGAGAUGGCACAAUCCGUCUAUGGGACGCGGAUACCGGUCAGCCUUUGGGAGAUCCCCUCCGAGGUCAUGAGGACUCAGUCAAUGCUCUUGUAUUGUCAUCAGACGGCCUGAAAAUAUUUUCCGGCUCUGACGAUUGCACUAUUCGAGUUUGGGAUGCAGUCAGUGGUCAGGCGCUAGAAGAGCCGAUUCGGGGUCAUGAAGGCCCGGUCAACGCCCUCGCGUUCUCUUUAGACGGCUUACAGAUCAUCUCUGGCUCCUCUGAUAACACUAUUAGAAUGUGGAAUGUGGAAAGUGGUCAACAAUUGGGGGAGCCACUGCGGGACCACGAAGGUUGGGUCGUGGCUCUCUCGUUCUCGCCAGAUGGCUCAGUAUUUGCCUCUGGCUCCUUUGACAACACAAUCCGUCUAUGGGACGCCAAGAGUCUUCAGUCGUUGGGGGAACCACUUCAGGGUCACGAAUCACCCGUCACAGCGAUCUCAUUCUCGCCAGAUGGCUCGUGUUUAUUCUCUGGCUCGUCCGAUAACAUGAUUAGAUCAUGGGACGUAAGCGACGCAAGCGCUGGCCAGCCGUUGGGAGAGCCACUCCCGGGCCACGAAUCCGAAGUCAAAGCCAUUGCAUUCUCGCCGGAUGGUCUACGAAUCGUGUCUGCCUCGAGAGAUCGCACUGUUCGACUGUGGGAGACAAGCACUGGUCUACCGUUGGGAGAGCCAUUUAGAGGCCACGAAUCCGAGGUUACAGCCGUAAUAUUCUCGCCCGAUGGUUCGCGGAUCGUCUCCAGCUCGGAGGACACCACGGUUAGAUUAUGGGAUGCGCACAAUGGGAACUCGUUUGGAGACCCACUCCGAGGGCACACAGAAUCAGUCAAUACACUCGCAUUCUCGCCAGAUGGGGUGAAAAUCGCCUCGGGCUCAGGAGAUACCACAAUAGUACUAUGGAAUGCAGUCACUGGUGAGCCGUUCGGGACACCGCUCCGAGGCCAUGAAUCCGAAGUUUGCGCCCUUGCAUUCGUGGCAAAUGGCUCAAGGAUCAUCUCUGGUUCGUUCGACAAUACCAUUCGAUUAUGGGAUGUGACUUCCGGUCAGUCACUAGCAGAGCCCUAUCGAGUUCGCGAGGCCUUCCAGGGCACCAUCGCGCUCUCGUCGGACGGCUUGCGCAUGGCCUGUGGCUCGGAUGAAGUGAUUCGGCUGUGGGAUAUAGACCAUGAUCAACCACUGGGAGCUUUACUUCAAGGUCAUCACCACGUGGUUCUUGCCAUCACAUUCUCUCCGGACAGCAAACGAAUUGCCUCUGGCUCGAUGGACCACACAGUCCGAAUAUGGGAUGGUGACACUGGUAGCCCAUUUGGACACUCACUCCGGGGUCAUAAGGCUUGGGUCGGGUGCGUUGCAUUUUCACCGGAUGGUUCACAAAUCGCCUCCGGAUCGGAAGAUAACACAAUUCGGAUUUGGGAAGUAAAGAACGACUCAAGUACGGAUGAAGAGACGCCUCAUUCAUAUCUCAGGGUGAAAUCACCGAUCACACCCCUCAAAAACCUCGUUCCUGGAUUUGAGGAAUGCUCGCUGCUGCACGAUGGCUGGGUGCAAUCUUCCGGAAGGUAUCUCUUCUGGGUACCAUCCAAUAAUCGUCAUGGACUACAAUAUUCACAUCGGUUGACUAUACCAACAGCAAGUCCGCUGCGGGCGACAAAAAAUUAA